CAAUUAAAAAAACAACAUAACAUAACCUUACUUUACACGUUCGUAAAUAAAUAGUAAAAUGUGUGGUAUAUUUUGCCUUAUUGGUAAUAAAAACUGUAAUGAAAACACCCCAAAAGAAUUUGAAGCUAUAAGAGAAGGUACACUAAAAAGGGGGCCUGAUUACAACAAUUACAGAAACUAUACGUUUGAAAAUAUAAAAGUAUUUUUGGCAGCCAGUGUUUUAUGGUUACAGGGUAAAAAUAUAACAAAACAACCCAUAGAAGAUGAUAAAUCAAUUUUUAUUUACAAUGGUGAUAUUUUUGGUGGUGAUAUAAAUAAUGAGUUAAAACUAGAAAUAGGUGACACAACAUUAUUCCAUGAAGCUUUAUUAAACAGUAAUGGUAAAAUGGCAAGGACAUUAAGUAAUUUACAUGGCCCUUAUGCAUUUAUUUACUUGAAUAAAAUAGAAAAUAAAUUAUAUUUUGGUAGGGAUAUUUAUGGCCGUAGAAGUCUUUUAGUUGGCAAAAGUGGUCCUAAUUUAGUUUUGAGUAGUGUUUAUAAGCGUAAUUUAAGCGAUUUUAUCGAAUUACCGUCCAUAGGUACUUUUUGUUAUGAUUUAACAAAUAAUAAAUACUACAUUUAUCCAUGGCAAUAUAAAAACAGUAAUUUUGAAGUAAAAUUAAAAGAAUUACAAGAUUUUUUGGGUGUUAUUAUAGAAAUAAAUUAUCAAAUACCGUUACAGUUGAAUACAGAAUUUAAAAACCCUCUAGAUUUAUCAUGUUUUGAAUGUUUAAGUCAAGAAAAUCCACUUGACACACUUCUGCAAGACAAACAAUGGUUUAAAUCAAUGAAACAUCUCCAAAACCUACUAAAAAAUGCCCUACAAACCCGCAUAUCAACACAGCCAAAACAUUGUAAAAAUUGUUUAAAAAACAAAAAUAACUGCAACCAUUCAACAACAGGUGUUUUAUUUUCUGGCGGAAUAGAUUGCUCAAUAUUAGCUCUUUUAUCAGAUAAAUACAUUGACAAAAACAGACCCAUAGACUUGAUAAACGUAGCUUUCGACGAAAAAAAUAAUUAUCAAACGCCUGACCGAUUAACAGGACUUCAAACACUACAAGAAUUGCAAUUGUUGUGUCCUAAACGAACGUGGAAUUUCGUGUCUGUAAAUGUAACGCAAAAAGAACUAAAUUUGGAAAGACAAAAUCACAUAGCGGACUUAAUUUACCCGUUAAACACUAUUUUAGAUGAUAGUUUGGGUUGCGCAUUAUGGUUUGCCGCUAGAGGAAGGACCAGUGAAUACGAAUCACCCUGUAGAGUAUUGUUGGUGGGUAUGGGGGCCGACGAAUUGUUCGGUGGUUACACUAGGCACAGGGCUGCGUUAAAAAAAGACGGUUGGAAGGGUUUACACGACGUUUUAAAUCAAGAUUGGCAGAAUAUAUCGCAUAGGAACUUGGCAAGAGAUGAUAGAGUGGUGGCAGAUCAUGGUAGGCAGUUGAGAACGCCUUUUUUGGAUGAAAAUGUUGUGGAAUUUGUUAGGAAUUUACAUGCAUGGCAAAAAACUUACCCUUCAAGUGAUGUUCCUCAAGGUGUAGGUGAAAAAAUUUUGCUGAGAAGUUUGGGAUAUCACUUGGGGUUAAAAAAUGCUGCUGUGUUUAAGAAAAGGGCUUUACAAUUUGGCUCUAGAAUUGCAAAUUCAAAGGAACAUGCACAUGAGAUAUCUUCAAGACUAAUAAAACAAUAAAAAACACUAACA